ACCAUGGAUACAAUCCUAUGACGGAAUGCCCUCAAGGCUACAAGAGGAUCAAUGCUACAUUUUGUCAAGAUAUCAAUGAGUGUCAGCUACAGGGAGUAUGCCCCAAUGGUGAGUGCUUGAAUACCAUGGGCAGCUAUAGAUGUACCUGCAAAAUGGGAUUUGUGCCAGAUCCUACUCUCUCAAGAUGCAUACCUGAUAAUCCUGUAGUUGCUGAAGAGAAAGGACCCUGCUACCGGUUUGUCAGUGCAGGAAAGCAAUGCAUGCAUCCUCUUUCUGUUCAGCUCAGCAAGCAGCUUUGCUGUUGCAGCGUUGGCAAAGCCUGGGGCCCACACUGUGAGAAGUGUCCACUUCCAGGAACAGCUGCUUUUAAGGAAAUCUGCCCUGGUGGAAUGGGUUAUACGGUUUCUGGCCCUCACAGAAACAAGCUAUAUCAUCACCCUGCAGUUAGAGUACAGCCACCUGUCAUUGGCAAGACCCCGAUUACUCAACCUGUUGCUAAAGGUACCUCUCCUCCACCUCUCCCAGCAAAGGAAGAGCCAGUGGAGGCACUGACCUUCUCACAGAAAAGUGAGACUGAGAUGGCUGUGCAAGAAGUGGCAACUGCAGCUCCCGAUCAGGAAUUAGCUUCCCUUGAUCAAGAAAAGCAGCCUUACCUAGAGCCUGGGCAGCCUCAGCUUUCUCCUGGAAUUUCAACAAUUAACCUUCAUCCACAGUUUCCAGUGAUUGAGAAAACAUCCCCUCCUUUGCCUGUUGAAGUUGCUCCUGAAGUCUCUACUUCAAGUGCAAGUCAAGUUAUUGCACCUACUCAAGUUACAGAAAUCAAUGAAUGUACAGUUAAUCCCGAUAUCUGUGGAGCAGGACACUGUGUUAAUUUACCUGUGGGAUACACUUGCAUCUGCUACGAGGGGUACAGACUUAAUGAUCAGCAGACAAAGUGCUCUGAUAUUAAUGAGUGCAAUCAGGCACCCCAUCUCUGUUCCCUUGGACGCUGUGAAAAUACAGAAGGAAGUUUCCUAUGUAUUUGCCAAGCUGGAUUCAUGGCCAGUGAAGAUGGAACUGACUGUGUUGAUUUUGAUGAAUGUUCAAGACCUCAUACUUGUGGAGAAGGCUUUUGUAUAAACACCCUGGGCUCAUACAGAUGUGAAUAUUGUGAUAGUGGAUACCAAAUGAACAGGAGAGGGGAAUGUGAAGACAUUGAUGAAUGCCUGACUCCAACUACUUGUCCAGACGCACAGUGCCUUAACGCUCCUGGCUCUUACCAGUGCAUUCCCUGCAGAGUGGGAUUCAGGGGCUGGAAUGGACACUGCCAUGAUAUAAAUGAAUGUCAGUUUGGCAAUCUCUGUACAAAUGGACGCUGUGAAAAUCUGGAGGGAUCUUUCAGAUGUGUUUGUGGUCAGGGUUUCAAACUCUCAGCAUCAAAGGAUCAGUGUGAAGAUAUUAAUGAAUGCCAGCACCGCUCACUCUGUACAAAUGGACGCUGCAGGAACACAGAAGGAUCUUUCAGAUGCAUUUGUAACCACGGCUACUCAUUAUCAUCUGCUGGAGAUCAGUGUGAAGAUGUUGAUGAAUGCCUUCAAGACAGCAAUAUUUGCCUUAGAGGAAACUGCAUAAAUACUGAUGGGUCUUACAAAUGCACUUGUCCAGAAGGUUUCCAGCAGAUAGCGAAUAGGGGAUGUCAAGAUAUCAAUGAAUGUGAGAGAUCUGACCUCUGUUCACCUCACGGGGAGUGUCUAAACACGGAUGGUUCCUACCAGUGCAUAUGUGAGCGGGGCUUUUCUGUGUCUGCAGGUGGCCGAACAUGUGAAGAUGUGGAUGAAUGUGCAAAUGGCACAGUGUGUGGCAGUCACGGGUUCUGUGAAAACAUGGAUGGUUCCUACCGCUGCCUCUGUUACCAAGGGUAUCAGGACACGCAGGAUGGGCAAGGGUGUACAGAUGUGAAUGAAUGUGAAAUGUUGAGCGGAGUAUGUGGUGAAGCCCUCUGUGAAAAUGUUGAUGGUUCUUUCCUGUGUCUGUGCUCUGAUGAAAACCAGGAGUAUGAUCCAAUGACCGGACAGUGUCGCUUCCGUACCUCACCAGAAAUGCCAAGAGAGACUGAUCAACAUGAAGAUGGAAAGAAGGAGUGCUACUACAAUCUGAAUGAUGCUAAUUUCUGUGACAACGUGCUUACGUCCAAUGUAACCAAACAAGAAUGUUGCUGUACCUUGGGUGCUGGCUGGGGUGAUAACUGUGAAAUCUUCCCAUGUCCUGUCAUUGGAACUGCUGAAUUUACUGAUUUGUGUCCUGAAGGAAAAGGUUUCAUUCCCUCUGGAGAAUCAUCUUACGGGCUUCUUGCUCAGAAUUACAAAGAUGCUGAUGAAUGCCAACUCUUCGGACAAGAAAUCUGUAAAAAUGGCUUCUGUUUGAAUACGCAGCCAGGCUAUGAGUGCUACUGCAAACAAGGCACAUACUAUGACCCUGUUAAGCUCCAGUGCUUUGACACGGAUGAAUGUCAGGACCCAAACAGCUGUAUUGAUGGCCAGUGCAUUAACACAGAAGGAUCUUACAACUGUUUCUGUACACACCCAAUGAUUUUGGACGCAACAGAAAAGCGAUGCAUCAGACCAGCAGAUUCGAGUGAACAAACUGAAGAAGCUGAGGUCUACCAGGACCUUUGCUGGCAGCACCUAAGUGACGAUUUUGUUUGUAGUCGACCUCUGGUUGGAAAGCAGACUACGUAUACUGAGUGCUGUUGCCUGUACGGAGAAGCCUGGGGCAUGCAGUGUGCACUGUGUCCUAUGAAAGAGUCAGAGGAUUACGCCCAGCUGUGCAACAUUCCUGUUCCAGGAUCAAGACGGCCAUAUGGACAGGAUGCUUUAGUUGACUUCGAGGAGCACUACCCUCCAGAAACUAAUCCAUACUUUGUUGAAGACCGUUUCCUGAACAGCUUUGAGGAGUUACAAGCAGAAGAGUGUGGUAUUCUGAAUGGAUGUGAAAAUGGCCGAUGUGUAAGAGUCCAGGAAGGCUACACCUGUGACUGCUUUGACGGUUAUCACCUGGACAUGGCCAAAAUGACUUGUGUUGAUGUGAAUGAGUGCAGCGAGCUGAACAACAGGAUGUCUCUCUGCAAGAACGCCAAGUGCAUUAACACGGAAGGUUCGUACAAAUGUUUGUGUCUCCCUGGGUACGUGCCUUCAGACAAGCCAAACUACUGCACACCACUGAACUCAGAACCAGAGAGUGAACUGGAGUAGAGGAAAAUCUCGCUAUCCCAAGCCCAUAUACUCUGCACUGUAUAAAGAAAAGGAAGAAAAGUAUUUAACUUGAGAAGGCACCAGAGUAGCAAACGAAAGGGGAGAAAAGCAUUAAAUGUGUCAAAGGUGAGACAUGAUGGGCUGAUUGUUUAUCAGCUUCACUGAAGUGACAGACCAAAUGGACACAUUACUCUGUAUGAAAGAAGCAAUCGAGUAUAUAGUGUGUUCAUAAAAAAAAAGUCUUUGACAAUAUUCAAAAACAGUGCUGUUAUUUUAAACAGAAGAGCUUUGGUUUUUAUGGUUUUUUGUUUUGUUUUGGAUUUUUUUUUAUUAUUGCUUGAUUAAUUUGGCAUUUAAAUAAUGAUGGAAAUAUUUUAUAUUACUGUGUCAUUUUUUUGAUUGUUCAGUUCCUUGCCUACUGUUUCUUUUCAGACCUUUUUCUGAUAAGUACAAAUUCUAUGAUACAGAUAUUCUUAGGCCAUUUUGUAAGAACUGUUACACAGGGUGAUGCUCCUCCUUCUCUGGAACAUUGGUCAGUGAUUUUUUUUAAUUUGCUAGUUGUCUGCCCUGUGGAGCAGGCACCACUUUAUUUUUUUUCAAAUGUUUAUAUACCUUGGCAAAAUGUCCUUAUAUUCAUUUUGUAUCUUGUAUGGUUGUUACUGCACUUAAAGUCUUUAGAAUCUUUCUUGCCAAGUUCAAAGCUGCUAGUGGACAACAUUGGAUUCCUUUUGUACAUUAAAACAAAAGAUUUUAGCUCACGUCUGUAUUGUAAUGUGUAAAUUGAACACAAGAGAGAUCUUGUAUGAUUACCCUAACAUAUUAAAGCUGUAUAUUAAAACUCAAUAAAAUCACCUCUUUUUUUAGAAAAA